UAGAUAGUAGAUAUCAGAGAGAUAUAUUUAACCUGUCAGAUAAAAUACCCGAACCUAUCAGUACAAGAGGUAUACAACUCGUAGGGCUUCGUUGCGAAGAACAAUCGUGCUAUGGAAAAAUCGAAAAGAGAUAGAUCCCAGAAUUUCACAAACUGCGAGACGAAUUUAUUAGUUGCCCUAGUGAUAGAAUACAGCAGGGUAAUAGAAAGUAAAAAGCCCGAUGCCUCGACGUGGAAGCAAAAAGAAACAGCUUGGAACAAUUUAGCAGCGGAAUACAACAAAAAAACCCGCGGACCUUCGAGGACUGCGAAAUGCCUGAAAACCAAAUACGAGUCGCUGAAGAAGAAUAUCAAGAAAAAAAUGCAACAAAGGAACUUUGUAUCCCUACCAGCUGAAAGUGGAGAGGAUGUUGGUAACGGAUUGAGUCCAGUCGAAGAGAAAGUCUACGCUUUAAUGCAAUCAUCUGUAGACGGUUUGCCGCCUCUAAACGAUGAUGAUUACAAGUUAUAUGAUACAUCCCCAGGCGAUAUGGUUGAACCAAAAGCAGAAGUCAAUACUCCAGAAGAUGCAUUAGGCCCAGAAAUGCAAGUUGUAGAAUUGUACGAAAACGAAAGUGAUAGCAUGCCUUCAAAUUAUGAACUCGACGAAGAACCACAAGGCGCUGUUGUAUUUGAAAACAACCACAAAGAUCUAUUUAAAGAUGAUACUGUGGAUUCUAAUUGGUCAAAGUGGCAUGCAUCUAGGAAACGAAGAAAAAAUCAGGCAGCGCAUAUAGAAACCCAAAAGUUGUUGGCUUCUAAGAAAAUCGAGUUGAUAGAACUUCAAAAAAAGGUCAUUCAGUCUGAAAUCGAUUACAAAAAACAGGAGGAUGAGAUCAAGUUGAAGAAAUUGAACAUAGAAUUGGCGACUGCCGAAGUAAUUUUGCAAACGCAUAAAAUCGAAAAGGAGAUCAAAGAACAAACGCUCAAAAAGUUGCUAGAAUCUAGCACGUUAAAGGAAAUUUAAAAGUCCUUUUAAUGAAAUUUUGUUUUUUAAAUAAUUUAAAUAAAUU